CUAGAAUUUAAAAGUUAAAAGUUAAAACCAAUGCUUAGUAGUGCUGCAGCAGCAACAAGAACCAAACUUUUCAUCAGGUGCUUCCACCAAGCGAUAAUGCAAGACCCACAAAAGAACUUCAAGUUCUCCGUAAAGGCAUUGAGCAACACCGCAAGGACAGGACUGCUUCAGCUACAACUACCCACUUCAUCAUCUUCGUCAGCAUUAGAGAUUGAAACACCAGCUCUUCUCAUUUCUACCCGUAAAGGGUUGCCCCAUUUUAUAUCACCUGACCUUCUUUCUUCUCUCCCUUAUCCUCACUCCGCUCUUCUUCAGUUCAGCCCUCUUCACUUCUUGGAGGGUGUUUCAAUAGAAACAAUAUCAAAAAUUGGAGGACUUCACCGCAUGCUUGGAUUACAUGACUCUGCUUAUGUUGCUGUUGCAAGGGAUUCCAUUCAAUGCCUUCCUGAAUGUGACUCCACCAAUAAACUUGGUGCUUCUUUUGAGACUCCUUGUGGCCGUUGCCUGAUGAAGCCUUCAGAAUACAUGAAAAUGAUUUCUUCAAUGAGGCCAAAUAUUUGGGCUACCUUGGCUGAUGAAGUGCCUGCAUGGGUAUCUGUUAAAAGGAACAAGACUUCUGUGGAUCGGACUGUGAAAUGGCUUGAUGACUGCAUAGCGCUUAGCCCGGCAGGUGGGGUUAUAUUUGGAGCUGUUGUUGGAGGUUCUGAUGUAAGUGAACGGAGAAGAUGUGCUCAAGAAACAGCCAAGAGAAAUGUAUCAGGUUACUGGAUUGGAGGUUUUGGGCUCGGAGAGAGUAUGGAUGAGCGUCCUGCUUUGCUCGAUGCUGUAAUUGAUAGUCUACCAGGUGAAAAGCCAUGUCUUGUCUGUGGGCUUGGACUACCAGAGGAAGUGUUGCAGGGCGUUGCCGCGGGCAUUGAUGUAUUCGAUUCAUCUUAUAUAUAUAAUCUUACAAUUGAGGGCUUUGCGCUCACGUUUCCCUUGGACGAGACUGAAAUGAGUACUAAUUUUCAGUCAACUGAAAUGGGACUUGACCAAACCAAGAUUAAUCUGAAAGCGACAGUUUACAGGAAGGACGCUUCACCAAUUCUUGCAAGCUGCACUUGCUAUACUUGCUUGAAUCAUACUAAAGCUUAUAUCAAUCACCUACUCAAUGUCCAUGAAAUGUUGGCUCAGAUUCUACUAGAAAUUCAUAAUACUCAUCACUAUCUUGGGUUUUUCCAAUCAAUUAGAGAAGCAAUCAAUGAUGGAAGAUUUGAGAUCUUUCGGAAGAUGUUUGUUCAAAGAAGGCGUGAUAAUCUUAGGGCACUCGCUGUAUGCGCAUAACUUGUAACCAUUCAUAUUUUCUGCCCUUCUUUUCUUUUCCCUUUACAACAAAAAUUCCUAUAAUUGCACCACAUAAUGAUCUAGAAAAUUGUUGGCUGCAUAAAUGUACCAUGAGCUUGUCCGAAAGAUCUCAUUUCAAUGAAUCUAAUCAUUAGAGCAACAAAUUUUGCAGGUUUCUGAACCUGUUAAUAUGUCAAAUAACUUUACAGUAAUGUCAUGAUAAUUGUCUUCA